AUGGACUCCUCUGAAUCUACCAUACCCUCCGAAGGGGACGCUACUGAAACUGUUCCCGUCCAAGAUUCACCUGUCUUCAGUUACAUUAGUAACCUUUCUCCCAUACAGCCUGUUAAGGAACCUGCAGUUUCUCAAGGUUUUACCGGACUUAAUUCUCCUCCCAUUGUAUUCACAUCACCAAGACUCAAUCCUCAGAGCCAGUCAAGUUUACUCAAAAGAUCACAAUUUCCUCUAUUAUUGAGUGCAAAGUUAUCUGGACAGGAUGGAGGCUGCAGGAUUAAUAUCGCUGCUGCCGAAAGAUCUGAAAAACUGGAUACCCAGCUGGGUGGUGGGUUAAAUACUUGCCUGGAGAAAGGUUUUGAUAGUAGCAGACCCGUGGAUGACCAAACUGAAAGUCCCAUAGGAUGUGCUGACCAGUUCCUGGCUGACGUCGUAUGCAUUGACUCUUUUAAUUCUAAUGUUUCAGCAGAUUCCAGUUUGAAAUACUCUUACGACAUUGAUCAGCCACCAGUUGAAGUAACCAACUCAAAGGAAUCUGCUGGGAAACUUGAAUACAAAAACGAUGCAAGAGGAAAUGAGGAGUACACAGCUGUUGCACCUUCUGCCAUGACAAAACAAACAGACAAGACACAUGAAAGGGAUGCAACAGUUGAUAGGCGGGCAAUAGAAAUAGAUAUGACGGCCGAAGAUGGUGAUCUACGAGUUGAUCAUUGUGAAAAGUUUGGAUCCAAUUUGUCAGAGAACCUCACUUUGACCAACAAGCAUCCGGAAAAUUUUAUGACCGAGAAUGCAGAAGCCAGGCAGAGAGGUCACGUGGAUGAUUCCUCUUAUUUGCUCUCAGAAUCUGUACAGAUUUAUGAAGGGAAUGAAAACUCUGUAAAAACCACUGGAGCCUUGGCAGAACCAGUUCAGAAAGAAGUGCAGAGUAAUCCCAUGGCUGCUCAACACAGUGGCUUGCCUGUACGUUGUCUCCAGUUUGAAGAUGCUCAGCAGAAAGUAAUAACAAAUAGGCAUGUAGAUAACCCUUUAGGUAUUGAGAAUAGUUCGAGACCACUUGCAUCUUCGGCAGAUAGAGAGGGCCCCAAAUCACCAUCCUUGGAGACACCACCAUCUUCCAUUAGUCAAGCUGGCAUGACCCAAUACAUGGUUUAUCCUAGAAAUAGAGGGAAUUAUAACAUAAAAGUUCCGAUGCCUUUAGGUAUUGGUUUGCACCUAAAUAGCAUUGUCAGUACCAUGCAAGUAGGAGCUGGAGAAACUAUAAUUGUGAGAUCAUCUGAAAAGGGUAAUUUUAGUAUACGGGACGAGCAACAAGUGACUCCUGUGAGCUCUCAUCUACCGGACAACUCUAAGGACUCUACAUUUUUAUCUGCGUCGGAGAGUGUUCUAGGAAGCGCUUAUGACAGUAGGCUUGACGAUCAUGCCUCGGUGGCAGCUAAUUCUGCUACUUCUUUGUCCACUUACGACGUGAAACCUUUGGACAACCCUGUGGUCUGUAAUCCAAUCAAAGAUCAAUCAACUCCAGUUAACAAGAGGAAGUACAACACUGGAAAUGCUGAUGAUGCUGAGGAGUUCAGCAAGUCAAGCCCCAAAAAGAAGAGGCAAAAAACAUUCGAGUCCAAUGAUGAUUACAGUUGCAAGCGUUGCAAUUGCAAGAAGUCUAAAUGCUUGAAGCUUUACUGUGAUUGCUUUGCUGCUGGAAUAUAUUGUGCGGAACCUUGUUCUUGCCAAGGAUGCUUUAACAGACCUGAAUAUGAGGAUACAGUUCUAGAGAUACGCCAACAAAUUGAAUCUCGCAAUCCUCUGGCAUUUGCUCCAAAGAUUUUACAGAACUUCAAUGAACCACCUUCAAGCAUUUGUGGGGAAGACGAGAUUCAGUUUUCGAAGUCCACUGGAAGGCACAAAAGAGGGUGCAAUUGCAAGAAGUCGAUGUGCCUCAAAAAGUACUGUGAGUGCUAUCAGGCAAAAGUUGGUUGUUCUGAUGGGUGCCGAUGCGAAGGAUGUAAAAAUGUCCAUGGCCAAAAGGGAGAAUAUGGCAUGAAUAAGGAUGUGGGCAUGCAAGGAACUGAUGAAACAACAGAUGGCUGCUUUGUUAAAAAACUUGAAAUUGUGGGGUCUGGAAAUGUUUUACAUAAUACUGAGCUAUGCAAUCCUCAUAAUUUGACGCCAGUGACACCGUCAUUCCAAUACUCGGACCAGGGAAAGGGUAUAUCAAAAGCCUGGUUCCCUUAUGGAAAAUACUUCCACUCACCAGAAUCUGGUUCCACCUUCGGGGCACCAUGCAUCAGGUUCCCGAGGUCUCCUAGAAAUUCAGAUGAUCCUGAUAUGAUCUCAGAAACUUCUAAAGAACUAGAUCUAGUUUCUUUUGAUCAUGAACUAGAAUACCACAAAGCAGGAGCAGUAAAUGAUUUCUCAUCCGGGUACCAUGGACAUGGCAAUAUGGAGCUUCUUGCCGUUCCACCAAAUGCAGAAGAAUGGGAAAAUAAUUUUAAAGUUCAACCAAGUGGACAUUUUUCUUCGGCAAGUUCCCUUCGUUGGCGUGGUUCACCUAUCACCCCUAUGGCUCAGUUUAGCGGGAGUAAAUUUCCACAAGCCUUUGACUUUUAUGAUGAUUUACACAAUGUCAUGGAAGAUGACACACCAGAGAUACUGAAAGACACUCCUUGCCCACUCAAUGCUGUGAAAGUAAGGUCUCCAAAUAAGAAGCGAGUUUCUCCCCCUCAUGGUCAUACGUGCAAGCUGGGUUCAAGCUCAUCAGCAGGCUGGACAGGAGAAGACAUAAUCCGCAGAGUAGUAGUAGCAGCACACGACAUAAAUAAUAUGAGAUGUCGCUAUCAGAAAUCGAAGUUGCAAUGGUUUUGA